UACAACGACAACAUUAAUCGACGGACUGCACUCAAAACAACGUGAAGGACCAAAUAAAUUUAUCCAAUACGAAUGCAGUUGGCGUUGUACAUUAAAUUAACGUCGACAACAUACUUUUUUCGACUAUAAUAAAUUUGCUUAUACCUUAUAUGUUUUUUUCUUCUCUGGUAUGAUCGAUGCUGAUAGGAAAACGUUGGAGUUUUAGCGGACCACGGUCCUAUUUAGUUAUUUUUCGUCACCUUUUUGGUUCUACGAAUAAUAUGGCCAAGAGCAAGUUUGAGUAUGUCCGGAAUUUUGAAACGGACGACACCUGUCUACGGAACUGUUAUAUUGUUGUUAGACUAGAUGGACGCAAUUUCCACAAGUUUUCAGAGCAACACAGUUUUACUAAGCCCAAUGAUAACAGGGCUUUAGGGCUCAUGGCCAGGAGUGCACAGUCUGUCAUGGAAGAACUGGAGGAUAUCGUCAUUGCGUAUGGUCAAAGUGAUGAGUUUAGCUUUGUUUUCAAGAGGACCUCCAACUGGUUCAAAAGAAGAGCAAGCAAACUCAUGACCCACGUGGCCUCCCAGUUCUCCUCCUCCUAUGUAUUCUACUGGAAGGAGUUUUUUGAAGAGCAGCCCCUCCAUUACCCCCCAGGAUUUGACGGACGUGUGGUCCUUUAUCCUACCAACCGGAACCUAAGAGACUACCUCAGCUGGAGACAAGCAGACUGCCAUAUAAAUAACUUGUACAACACAGUAUUUUGGUCAUUAGUACAGAAGGGAGGACUCACCACAACACAAGCAGAGGAUCGCUUAAAGGGAACUUUAGCUGCAGAUAAAAACGAGAUUCUGUUCUCGGAGUUUGACAUUAACUACAACAAUGAAUCUCCCCUCCACCGGAAAGGCACCAUCCUGAUUUGGAAAAAGCAUGAAGAAACCGUCACCAGGCGCAUGAAACUUCCAAACGCAGAAGAGAAGGAGGUGGUGGUAACACGCAUCAAGAGAGGGGUGGAGAGCCUCCACUGUGACAUUAUAGGGGAGCAGUUUUGGGAGGAACACCCGGACAUCCUGGAGGACGACAACUCCUAACAUCUCCUCGUCUUUUGGGGGGAGAACCGCUGAGGUUCUCUGAACGAUGUGGUUGAAGCAGAGGGGGACCGCCUGACAUGGACUUUAUAGAAACAACAUGAAGAGCUUUUUACUUUACUCUAUCACAGCUUUCUUUUUCAUGUAAUAAAAUCAUUUUAUGAAGUUCUUUCAAAAUAAAAGCCUUUUUGUUUUAGUUUUGUUUAUCAAAUUAUCAUUUAAGAUCAAAUAUUUUUAUACUUUUUGUAUGAGAUCACCACCAUAGAAGUCGGCAUGGAUAAAAAUAAAACAAAUGGGGAGAGUGGCCUUGUCUUGCAGCCAAAGCACCAUGGAGAUGUGAAUGGAUUCAAUAGCGUGCACCGCCAUCCGUGCUAAGAAUACCUCCCACACCCUGCAUGCGCUCCACCCCUCUGACAUGUGCUCUGCGGCAUAUUUGUCAUCACUCUUAUGAAUUACUGGCUAAAUGUGAAUGGCUGCAGAGAGCGGAAUCCAAGUGUAUUUUGUUACCAUAGUAAGCUCAGUUACUGUCAAGUGUUAGUUUGUAUUUUUGGUUCAGUGACCUUAUUAAAAGCAUGCGGCUGCUGUACUAAUGUAAGACGUUACAUUUCUAUUAAGUCAUAGGAAAAGCCUGUUUAUGUACAUUCGUAUUAAGCAUAAAAGAUAGCCGGUAACAAUAAAGUUGUGCGUUUUUGCCAGUCAGUUUUAGUGAUGGACUCUGUACAGACAAUGACUCAACAGAUGUCCUUCCACACCAGACCAGUGGAAAUCCAAGAUAACAGGAUGUGUUGGGGCAAGUGGAGUUAUUUAAAGAUGAUGUGCAUUUACAUGCUGCUCUAAUAUGUACAUUUACUGAUUUAAUAGAUGAAAAAAUGAA